AUGGCCAGCCCUCGGGAGACAUCCAUGGUGACCCUGGGAAUGGGGCUUCCAAAGAGCCUGAGCUCCGGCCAAGGCCAGUCUCAGCAGUCAGCUCUUGAUAAAAAUACAUUUUUAAAAUUACUUUAUUUUGGCGCCUGGGCCUCGCCUUGGGAGUCGGAGGCGGCGUCGGAGCCCGCUGCGCCGCCAGCUUGUCCUCGCCCCCCCGACAGCCCGGGCGAGGGCCGCCUGGUGAAGGCGCAGUACAUCCCCGGGGCACAGGCGGCUACCCGCGGCCUCCCUGGCCGCGCGGCCCGCCGCAAAGCGCCACCACUGACGCGGGGCCGCAGCGUGGAGCAGUCCCCACCUCGGGAGCGUCCCCGGGCUGCCGGCCGCCGCGGACGCAUGACGGAGGCCUCGGGCCGUCGGGGCUCGCCCAGGGCUCGGAAGGCCGCGCGCUCCCAGUCCGAAACCAGCCUGUUGGGCCGAGCCGCCGCGGUUCCUCCGGGACCCCCCAAGUACCCUACAGCUGAACGGGAAGAGCCUCGGCCUCCGCGGCCCCGCCGCGGCCCAGCACCCACGCUGGCCGCGCAGGCCGCGGGGUCCUGCCGCCGCUGGCGCUCCACCGCCGAGAUCGACGCAGCCGAUGGGCGCCGAGGGCGGCCCCGCGGCCCCGCGGCCCGCGGCCCCGGGCCUGGCCCAUCCCCGUCUGCUCCUCAGCGCCGGCUGCUCUAUGGCUGCGCAGGCAGCGACUCAGAGUGCUCAGCGGGGCGCUUGGGGCCCCUUGGACGCCGGGGUCCGACGGGCGGCGUUGGCGGCGGCUACGGGGAGAGUGAAUCUAGUGCCAGCGAGGGAGAGUCGCCUGCCUUCAGCUCCGCAUCCAGCGACUCAGACGGCAGCGGUGGCCUCGUGUGGCCGCAGCAGCUGGUGGCAGCCACCGCGGCCUCCGGGCCAGGGGGCGGUGCAGGUGGAGGGGCGCCAGCGGGCCCCGCCAAAGUCUUUGUGAAGAUCAAGGCUUCCCACUCGCUCAAGAAAAAGAUACUGCGUUUCCGUUCGGGUUCUCUCAAGGUCAUGACUACAGUGUGAGUUUGAGGGUUUGCGUGGGCUCCCCCUUCAUAGCCUCUGCACCCCCACACUCCCUAUCACGGACCCUUCCACACCUCCCUUCCAAAGACCACCAUUUUCUCUGCUUCCAAAGACCCUUCCUCACUGCCCCCAUCCACUGCAGUCUUGGUUGAAAAGGCUCCCCCUCCACCAUAGGGAGGAAUGGGGGAGGAGCCCAGUUUGACCCAGUUCAAUUGCUGGCUCUGCAGCCCGUGGGGCAAAAAAGUUCUAUUUCUCUGGGCCUCACUUUCCUCAUCUGUACUAUGGGUGUGCUAUGGUAUGCAGAAGGGGUAAUUCAGUUUGAAUUUCCUUAUUUUAGUUUAGACACUUAGUCUGUUUGAUGCCCUUUACUUCUCUCACUGAGCUCUUAUUCCACCUUUCUAUGCCCAGAUGUGGUUCCCCUCAUAUACAAAGUGCCCACCAUCUAUGUCCCUGGACCCCUAGGAUAUCCCCUUGGCACCUCGGUUGGAAACUCUGUCUGACCCAAAUGAUGCCUGCAGAAGGAAGGGAAGGAGUUCUGACUUUGGGGUUUUGAGGGAUAAUGACACCUGGAAAGAAACAUUCUUUUACCUUUAACCCUGGAUAAUUAUGGAAGGUUGGGAGAUAGAAGAGGGGACGGAAAAUGGCAUCUACCUUGUGGCCCCCCCUGUGAGAGGGAGUGGGGGGAGCUCAGGAUGACGCUCAGCUG